GUCGAGAAGGCGCGACCCAACUCAGAGGCGAGAAGUCGAGGAAGACGACAGCGGCGAGCGACCUUCCAUCAUUUUCAUUCUCCCAUAGCCUUAUCCACGCCGUCUCCCUCCUCCCUACCCCUUCCUCUCCCCAAGGUCCCCCCACAGUCUUUAGACAGACCCCCCCCCCUCCCUACACUUCACACACACAAACACACAACCUUCAACCAUGGUGGCUACCUGUGGAACCCGAUCAACACCUGGGCUUUGGCUGCGCGCGGCGAAGGCGGUGGUGAUGCUGACGCUGGUGACGGUCCCAAGAGUUGCAGAUUGCUGCACAGAAAUAACAUCGUUCGAAAAUGUGAAUGUCACGAGGAAUGACACGGCGAUCACCAUCGCGUGGGCGAAGCCUGCCACCACCAUCAACCAAACCGUCAUGCUGAACGACACCAAGGACGCUGCAAACAGCUGGAUCGCCUCAAAAUUGGUGGCUGAAUCGACGUUCACGUUCGCGGGGCUGAUUCCUGGCAGGAACUAUUUACUUGCCCUGUUUGUCGACUGCAAUUCUACCAACAGCUCCAUCAGCGGAACGUACCGAACGCUGCCUCCAACAGUCAAUGUCACCAUCAGCAUCAACAGCUCUACAGCCAUGACGGUCUCAUGGGCACCAAAUAUUAUUGUAGACGUUGACUACUACAUGGUCUACUUGGAUGAAAUCAAUAACUCAACAGCAGUGAGGAUCCACAAUUUGACCUCCACCAAUACAGCACAAGAGUUUACAGAUCUGGUUCCUGGUAGAAGUUACCAGGCAUCUGUAACAGCGCACAGUGGCAAUGGCUCCCAACCAUCAUCCAACGUCACUGCCAGGACAUUGCCUCCAACAGUCAAUGUCACCAUCAGCAUCAACAGCUCUACAGCCAUGACGGUCUCAUGGGCACCAAAUAUUAUUGUAGACGUUGACUACUACAUGGUCUACUUGGAUGAAACCAAUAACUCAACAGCAGUGAGGAUCCACAAUUUGACCUCCACCAAUACAGCACAAGAGUUUACAGAUCUGGUUCCUGGUAGAAGUUACCAGGCAUCUGUAACAGCGCACAGUGGCAAUGGCUCCCAACCAUCAUCCAACGUCACUGCCAGGACAUUGCCUCCAACAGUCAAUGUCACCAUCAGCAUCAACAGCACUACAGUCAUGACGGUCUCAUGGGCACCUAUUAUUACUGUAGACGUUGACUACUACAUGGUCUACUUUAGUGGACGUACCAACGAAAAAUUGAAGAGCGACAGUUUGACCACCAAUACAACACAAGAGUUUACUGAUCUGGUUCCUGGUAAAAGUUACCAGGCAUUUGUAACAGCGCACAGUGGCAAUGGCUCCCAACCAUCAGCCACCGUCACUGCCAGGACAUUACCUCCAACAGUCAAUGUCACCAUCAGCAUCAACAGCUCUACAGCCAUGACGGUCUCAUGGGCACCAAAUAUUAUUGUAGACGUUGACUACUACAUUGUCUACUUGAAUGAAACCAGUAACUCAACAGCAGUGAGGAUCCACAAUUUGACCUCCGCCACUACACCACAAGUGUUUACAGAUCUGGUUCCUGGUAGAAGUUACCAGGCAUCUGUAACAGCGCACAGUGGCAAUGGCUCCCAACCAUCAGCCAACGUCAUUGCCAGGACAUUACCUCCAAGAGUCAAUGUCACCAUCAUCAUCAAAAACUCUACAGCCAUGACGGUCUCAUGGAUACCUACAAUUCCUGUCGACGUUGACAACUACACCUUCUACUUGAAUGAAACCAAAAACUCAACAGCAGUGAGGAGCUAUGAUUUAUCCUCCACCAAUACAAUACAAGUGUUUACAGAUCUAAUUCCUGGUAGACUUUACCAGGCAUCUGUAACAGCGCACAGUGACAAUAACUCCCAACCAUCAGCCAUCGUCACUGAAAGAACCUAUCCAGCACCUGUCGAUGCAUUUCAAUGCUUCCAGAAUACCUCGACGAAUAUUUACUGCAAUUGGUCUGGCCCCAUUGGUGAAUUCACAAAUCUUUUAUUGCGGGUGUUUGAGGGCUCUAAUCACUUGCAAAACAUCACUAUUUCAAAUGAGAACCUCCACUAUGUAAUCGCAUAUGCAUCGGGCAGUGCAGAUACAUUCUUACAGUCCAACACAACAACCAAUAAAACGUUCACCACAAUUGAACAGCUGAAGCCGAGCACUCUUUACACAGUCAAAAUCGUGGUCAUUGCCGAAUCUCUGGAAAGUCAAAGCAAUGAAGUCAACGCAACGACCGACGUGGCCGCUCCGCCACUCGUUUCGGAGUCGGUGACGAUAAACUCGAUGCCGAACACGGCGACCUCGAGCAGCCUGACCUUGUUCUUCGACUGCAGCUGGUUCGCCACCACCAACGGCGACCUCAAGUACUACACGGUCAUCAUCAAGGAGUCCGUGGAGAUGACCGUCGACAAACCCGAAAAUAAAUGGCCGCUGGACAAGUACUCAGACUACACGAGCGGCAAAACGAUGGUGUACCAGGUGGACGACCGCGUCUACCCCACCGAGUGCAAAAGCCAGAGCGCCAUCGUGCCGGUCACAGUCGGCACCGGCGCCUCCAACGGCGGCUUCGUCGACGGUGCCCUGAAGCCGAACACGAAGUACAGGGUCAGUUUCCGUGCAUACACGUACAUCCCGGGCGCACGCUCCGUCCGCGCUGGGAGCAAAGCCCUCUUCAGGGACACUUUAUUCUCUCUGCCAUUCUUCACCUUGGUCGUCUUCCAAGGCACCGGCGCGGUGGCAGGCGGAGUGAUUGGAGGGUUGCUGGCCGGAGCGGCGUUAGCUGCUGGGGGCUUCUUCCUCUACAAGAAGCGGAACCAGCUGCCGUUCGGCAAGCAGACGGGAUCAAGCAGGAGUGGAAGGUCGUCAUUGCGGACCAGCAGGUACCAACCGGCGCCCUAUAAUCCCAGCCCUGUGUUCGCCACUCAGUUUGAGCCUCACGUGAUGAAGCUGAGCCAAGAUACCAACUACUUAUACUCCUUGGAAUUCGAGUACCUGAAGGAGAAAGGAAAAAAUCAGUCGAAGGACAUGGCCCAAUUGCCGCAGAACGCUCGCAAGAACCGCUACUCCAACAUCUUGCCAUACGAUCACAACCUCGUUCCACUCAACAAGAGUGGGGGAUCCAACUACAUCAACGCAAGUUUCAUCUCCGGCUACAGCCGCACGCGCGAGUACAUCGCCACGCAGGGCCCCAAGGAGGAAACGGUGGCCGACUUCUGGCAAAUGGUGUGGGAGCAGAACGUGUACACCAUCGUCAUGCUCACCGGCGUCAUUGAAGGAGGACGGGAGAAAUGCGCCAAGUACUGGGAGGACGACAUGGAGCCCCAUUUCCAGGGUGACCUAGUGCUGCGGAAGGUGUCCGAGACCGUUCUGGACGACUGGACAAUACGCAACCUCCAGAUCUACACGAAAGACGCAGAGACGAUGGAGGAGGUGCGCGACAUCCGGCAGUUCCACUUCACGGCGUGGCGCGACCACGGCGUGCCCCGCGAUCCGCACAUCGUGCUCAAGUUCCUGGAGGUUGUGCGUUCGCACGCCAACCAGUCGCCCCAGAACAGCCUCACGCUCGUGCACUGCAGUGCCGGCGUGGGUCGCACGGGGACGCUGAUUGGGCUGGACGUGGCGCUGCAGCAGCUGCAGAAGGAGGACAAGGUGGACGUGUUCCACAUCACGGCGCGCAUGCGCGAGCAGCGCAUGCUGAUGGUGCAAACGGAGGAGCAGUACAUCUUCCUCCACCAGUGCAUCAAAGAGAAGUUGAAGUCCAAGGAUCUGGGAGGCUACACCAACAACAUCUACCAAAACCUAUAGGCGGGCAUAUGGGCGUCGGCGGAGCCGUCGAUCGAUCUCGCGAUCGCUUAGCUUCGUUUUUGCCGUGUGUGUGUGUGUUGACGUGGCAGUGUGAGUGUGUUCCGAGCGAGCGAGCGUAAUUAGUUAGGGCGGAG